AUGCAUCGGUCUUCCAAUUACUCAUAUCAACAAACCUCGAGCUCGAGGAGCUCCAACCACGGCACCAGCAGCGCUUUCAGUCCUAAUGCCAACCCCAAUGAGGACUGGACUAAGAUCUCAGACCUUGCAGAGCGUCGCCGGAUACAGAAUCGCAUUGCUCAGAGAAACUACCGCAAGAAGCUAAAGCGCCGCCUCGAAGAUUUGGAGAAGAGAGCCGCAACUGCUUCUACAUCUCCAGAACGGUCACACGAGGGUUCGGAGUCGCCGAAGGCGGUGGUGCACACUGUCAAGUCCCGCACCAAACAGGCUCGCACAACCAAGUCUAGCUCAGAUGCAACCCGUCACACCUCCGCGCAACGAGGCUCUUCCUAUGACAGCCACUCCACCCAGGAUGAUCGCGGACCGAUGUUCUCCCAGCAAUGCACUCGACAGCUCUCAGCCUCGCCGCCUCCCGUGUUCUCUUACCCCUCAUACUCUCACUUGGAAUCCUAUGGUCACCAUUCGUACGGACAGCCGCCUUCCUACCACUCUCUCAACAACCACUACAAUGACCUCCCAUACGGAGAGUACGGAACAACUCUGCCCUCGAUCCUGCCUGGUCCGAUACUCGGAUCGGGCGCAAAGAAGCACCACUCGUACGCCGAUGAUGAGAUUGUCAGCCCCUUCAGUAUGAGCUAUGCGUCUAUGGCUGGCAUUGAUCUGGGUCCGACACCGCAACACCUUCCAGAGCACAACAUUCCUGUACAUGCCCCUCUCUCUACCUGA